AAAAAUUAUAAAGUAAAAAAAAAAAAUCUCAAUUUAUUUAUCAAAAAUAAUAUACAAUUUAAUAUCAUUUUAAUGAGAUUAAAGUUCAUAUAUAAUUUAAAUUUAUAUAUUUUUAUCACUAAAAACGAAUGUGUGUGUAAAAAAACAUAUAAUCUUCUCGCAAAAAGUUAUAUUCGUUUUCAUUUUCUGUGUGCUACCACACAGCAAAUCUCUCAAUAUAUACAACACACACUCUUGCUCGUCUCGAAUCGAUUUAUCACAAAAAAGCGAAAAAAGUGAUUUUAUCCGAACAUAACUUCACUUAUAAUUUUUGCAUAUUUGUUUGUAUAUAUUUUUAAUAAUAAUCUUUUUUGUGCAUAAUUUAUCGAGUGUGUGUUUUUGAUUGAAAAUAAUAAUAAUACAAAAAAAAUAAUGUUAAACAAUAAGUACAGUGGAUUGAAAGUUUGACAAAUUUUUUUUUUUGUAUUACUUUGAAAUGUGCCAUUUGAAAUGUCAAAUUGUGAUUUUUCUUUUGCUCAAUGAUGAUGAUAGUUCUCAUGUCAUGGUUAAAUAUUGUUUAAAAUUUGGUUUAAUUUUUGCAAAUUUUAUGUAAAAAAUUACGCAACUGUGUUGUCGUUUGACAUUCGAAUGUCGCUUGAAAUGUCAACAUUUUUCGUCGUUGGUUUCUGUCAAAACCGCCCCUUUCGUUUUUUUUUAUGUCUGUCAAAAUAUCGUUCGUUUUGACAUAAUAACGGGAAAUUAUAUUGCAAGUGCAUUUUUGACAGAUUGAUGAAUAUUUAGAAAAAGUUUAUUAACAAAAAAAAAAAAAAAACGUUUUAAACUAUCUAAAACAAAAGAAAAAGAAGAAGGAUAAAGAAAAGGAGAAGAAAAAAAAAGUGCCCGAUCCCUUUUCUCAUUCUUGUAUUGUUUUCCCAUGCGGCGGCGGCGGCCACCCCUUAAUUUAAUUUUUAGAGCUGCCAACCCUCCACUUCCACCCUUUGUCAAAUUUUUUUUUAUAUCGUUGGUGAAAAUACUAGAAUUUCCACCGUUUUUCUUUUUUAAUUCUUCCCUGUUUUUGACGCUCUUUUUCUCUCUCUCAUUUUGUUUUUGUUUUAUUUUCAAGUCCUUCCAAUUGUAAUGUUACCAACCCUACAACCACCCCCUUUGUUUUUUUUUUUGUAUCCCUUCCUUCGUAUGGGAAAUGGAAAAGCGGAUGAAAAUAGACGGGAAAAACCAAGUGUGUGUGUUUUCUCUUUAUGUUGUCCUUCAUUCAUAAUAAUAUUUGAAAUCUACUUGCAAUUUCUUCGUCCUUGCGUUCUCGUGUUCGUUUUUUAUCCUUUAAGAAGGCAUAUUUUUUUUUUUUUAUGAAAUAAAAUGUGUUUUUAAUAAAAUUUUCCUUUUUUCGCAGAUCAUAAUUAUUUGUGAAUUUCUAUGUGAAAAAUAAUAAUAAAAAAAAAAAAAUAAUCAAUAAAAAUAAAAAAGUUGAAUCGAGAAAAAAUUUGGAGAAAAAGUGCUUUGUGCACUGAAAAAAAUAGCAAAGAAAAAGCAACGAUUUAUAUCGUUAGCAGAGUCCUUCUUUUGUUUUGUGUGCGUUAAAACUUCUAUAAGUUAUUAACGGAGUGUCAACUACCUUACACCGUCCCCCCUCAACCCCACCAAAACGGAAAAUCCUAAUCCUUGUUCAUUAUAUCGUUAAUUUUAUGUGUGUGUGCUUUAAAUAAAUAAAAAAAAUAUAAAAAAAACAGACAGAAGAGAAAGAGUGACAAAAAAAAAAAACAACAAUAACAACAACAGCAAAAAAGACUAAACCCUUUUACAACGAGUCCUUCCGCUCAAUUUGUUUAGCUGAGUUAUCAUCUAUCUCCGUCGUCAUCACUUUGAGUCCCCUUCUCUCUCUCUCUCUCCCUCACUCACUCUUACUCACUCUCUUUACUGUCUCUAAAUUUAAAAUUCUAUACUUGUCAAUAUUACAUAAUAUUUAUAUAAAAAAAAAAAUAAAUAAAUAAUAAAAAUAAUAAUUGUUAAUUGAAUCGAUUUUGUGUAUUUUUUUUUUGUGACAUACAAAAAGUGUUAAAUAAAUUUGUGGUAAAAAUGGCGGACCUAACGCGUCCGCCGUUUAGUGAAAUUAAGCGGCCGGAUGAAAUUGUCAGGAUGACAACGGCGGAUAAUUUAAAAUUUGCCGUCCUAAUUGGAUUGAUUGAAGUUGGACAAGUCACUAAUCGUGAAGUUGUUAAUACUGUUUUACAUUUGCUGGUUGGUGGUGAAUUUGAUAUGGAAUUAAAUUUUGUGAUACAAGAUGCACAAAAUAUCAAACACAUGUUAGAACUAUUGGACCAUUGUCCGCCCAAUCUUCAGGCUGAAAUCUGGAGUGUAUUCAUUGCAAUCCUGCGAAAGAGUGUGCGAAAUCUUCAAGCAUGCACGGAUGUUGGCUUAAUCGAGCACGUUCUCGUCAGGCUUCAGCGUUCGGAAACCGUUGUCGCAGACCUACUCAUCGAAAUGCUCGGUGUCCUAGCGAGUUAUAGUAUCACAGUUAAAGAGUUAAAACUCCUAUUUGGUACGAUGAAAGCUGUAAAUGGCAAAUGGCCUCGACAUUCAGCAAAGUUGCUAAAUGUUUUACGCCAAAUGCCUCACCGGAACGGUCCUGAUGUGUUCUUUAGUUUUCCCGGCCGAAAAGGAUCCGCAAUGGUCCUACCACCCCUAGCUAAAUGGCCAUACGAAAAUGGUUUCACAUUUACGACGUGGUUCCGUUUAGAUCCCAUAAAUUCUGUAAAUAUAGAACGUGAGAAACCCUACCUCUAUUGUUUUAAAACAUCGAAAGGGGUUGGAUAUACAGCACAUUUUGUUGGUAAUUGCCUUGUCUUGACAUCGAUGAAAGUCAAAGGAAAAGGCUUCCAGCAUUGUGUCAAAUAUGAAUUCCAACCAAGAAAGUGGUACAUGAUUGCCAUUGUGUAUAUAUAUAAUCGUUGGACUAAAAGCGAAAUAAAGUGCCUAGUUAAUGGACAAUUAGCGUCUAGUACGGAAAUGGCGUGGUUCGUUUCAACAAAUGAUCCAUUUGAUAAGUGUUACAUUGGUGCAACGCCGGAACUUGAUGAGGAGCGAGUUUUUUGUGGCCAAAUGUCAGCUAUUUAUCUUUUCAGUGAAGCCUUGACAACGCAACAAAUAUGUGCGAUGCACCGUUUAGGUCCUGGAUAUAAGUCACAGUUUCGUUUUGACAACGAAUGCUAUCUAAAUCUGCCGGACAAUCAUAAACGGGUGAGUUUACAUGCCACAAAUAAUGAUGGCUCCGACGAUGAUUCCUCAGGUGAAAUAGAUUUGAAUGUGGCUGUUGCCGAAGCAUAUGCAUUAGUUAAUGCUCGAUUGCAAUCUGAAGCUCGAGCAACAGCAGCCCAACAUACAUUACCCAAUUCGUCAGCAGCAGCAACAGCAUCUGCAGCCACAAUAGCAUCAACAACAACAGCAAUUACGCCGGCAUCUACUGGCAACAAUAACAAACAACUCGAUAAUGAUCCUUCAGCUCUGUCUACAUCUUCUUUGGCAUAUCCUUCGGGAAGCCUUUAUUCUGCUUCAACUGACUCCCGAACACUAUCAAAAUUGCGCAAACUAUCAACCGCAGAUGGUCCUGGAUCUUUGACUGGCGAUGCCGAAGAAUUGAUUAAUUUGAAAACUGUUCUUUAUGAUGGUAAACUAUCGAAUGCCAUCGUCUUCAUGUACAACCCAGUAGCCACGGAUGGUCAACUGUGUUUACAAUCAUCCCCAAAGGGAAAUGUUUCAUAUUUUGUACAUACACCGCAUGCUCUUAUGUUGCAGGACGUUAAGGCUGUUGUAACACAUUCGAUACACUGUACGUUGAAUUCCAUUGGGGGUAUUCAAGUACUGUUUCCAUUAUUUUCACAACUUGAUAUGGCACAUGAAGGAUGCAGCGAUGUGAAGCGUGAUCCAACGUUAUGUUCAAAACUAUUGGGUUUUAUAUGUGAAUUGGUGGAAACAUCACAAACUGUACAACAACACAUGAUACAAAAUCGAGGAUUUCUGGUUAUUUCGUUUAUGUUGCAGCGAUCGUCAAGGGAACAUUUGACACUAGAAGUGUUGGGUUCAUUUUUGAAUUUGACAAAAUAUCUAGUGACGUGUUUGUCGGCGAAUAGUGAUUUGCUUCUUAAACAGCUAUUCUGUUUCUCAUUUCUAACGUGGCAGCUGCUCGAUCAUGUUCUCUUCAAUCCAUCGCUAUGGAUCUAUACACCAGCAAAUGUUCAAGCUCGACUUUAUUCAUAUUUAGCUACAGAAUUUUUGAGUGAUACACAAAUCUAUAGCAAUGUACGACGUGUUAGUACUGUUUUACAAACUGUUCACACAUUAAAAUAUUAUUACUGGGUUGUGAAUCCUCGAGCUAAAAGUGGUAUUAUUCCAAAAGGAUUAGAUGGACCACGACCAGCCCAAAAGGAUAUUCUAGCGAUACGUGCUUAUAUUCUUUUGUUUUUAAAACAGUUGAUUAUGAUUGGCAAUGGUGUUAAGGAAGAUGAAUUACAAAGUAUAUUAAACUACUUGACGACCAUGCAUGAGGACGAAAAUCUACACGAUGUCCUGCAAAUGCUAAUAUCUCUUAUGUCCGAGCAUCCAAGCUCAAUGGUACCUGCUUUUGAUGUUAAACAUGGUGUUAGAUCUAUAUUUAAAUUAAUGGCUGCCGAGAGUCAAUUGAUAAGAUUACAAGCGUUAAAAUUAUUAGGAUUCUUUUUAUCGCGUAGCACACACAAACGAAAGUACGAUGUAAUGUCACCGCACAAUUUAUAUACGCUAUUAGCUGAACGCUUAUUACUUUAUGAGGAGUCAUUGUCCCUACCAACAUAUAAUGUCCUUUAUGAAAUUAUGACCGAACAUAUAUCACAGCAAAUCCUAUACACACGGCAUCCGGAGCCCGAGAGCCAUUAUCGACUGGAGAAUCCAAUGAUUCUAAAAGUUGUUGCAACACUAAUCCGUCAGUCCAAACAAACAGAAUCCCUAAUCGAAGUGAAGAAACUCUUUCUCUCCGACAUGACUCUGCUAUGCAAUAGCAAUCGUGAAAAUCGUCGAACAGUCUUACAAAUGUCCGUAUGGCAAGAAUGGCUUAUAGCAAUGGCUUACAUACAUCCGAAAAAUAGUGAAGAACAAAAAAUCUCUGAUAUGGUUUAUUCACUAUUUCGUAUGUUGCUGCAUCAUGCUAUUAAACAUGAAUACGGCGGAUGGCGGGUGUGGGUUGAUACACUCGCCAUUGUCCACUCGAAAGUUUCAUAUGAAGAAUUCAAAUUGCAAUUUGCUCAAAUGUAUGAACAUUAUGAACGACAGCGGACUGAUAAUAUCACAGAUCCAGCUUUAAGGCAAGCUCGCCCGAUAAGCACGAUAAGUGGAUGGGAUCGUGAAGAACAACAGCAACAUCAGCAACAACAUGCAAUAAGUUCGGAAAGUAUUGCAACAACAACAGAAGUUGAAGAAAUCGAAAAACCAGUUACUCCAAUUGCAAUUGCUAUUGAACCAAUGAUUAGCAAUGAUGAACAUCAGGCUUCAGAAGAAGAUGCUGUACAAUUGGAGAAUGUUAAGUGUGCCUGUGAAGAAGAUGAUGAAGAAAUCGAAGAACAACCGAAAUUAGAUGAAAAACCAAAAUCGGUUGAUCAAAAUGCCAACAAAGAACCUGAAAAUAAACCAAUUCAAUCCUCAACAGUGUCAAAUAUCACAGAUGUAUAUAAUGCUCAGCUGAAGAGUGAAGAAAUUCUAUGCAAUGGAAAUAGUACAGAAGAAGAACAUUUCGAAGAUAAUGAAGAAGAACAAGUUCAGGAAACUUCUGUUGGUGGUCAAGAAGCUCUUAAACAAGUACUAAAUCUUGAAGAAGAAGAUUUAGAAGAAGUAGUGAAUCUUGCAUCAGGAGAGCCUAAAUUAGACGAAGAGAAGAUUGUCACUGAAGUAUUGGAUAAUUCAGAAAAACUUCUUAACCACUGUAAAGAAGUAUCAGAUGAAAUUCUGCUGAAAAAUGCUGAAGAAGCAGCUUCUUCAGUUAUUAAAGAUGAAGAAAUUGAAUUGGCGGUAAAUGAAGUUGUACAGGGUGUAUUAAAUAUUGAAAAGAAACAACUAACUUCAACAACAACAACAACAACAGAAAUAACAACAACAACAACAACAAUAGUUACCCCUACCACCGAUGAAGAAGAAGCUGAUAAAGUUAGUCUUCUGAAUUCGAAAAAUCUUAGCAAUAAUAAUAAUGAAUCCGAGUCCAUGAUAGAAACAAACGACACCACCACUAAUACUAUAACUAUCGCAUCUGCCACAAUAGACACAUCAACAAAUAUAACACCAACACCAAUAACAACAACAACAACAACAACAACUUUAGAAGAUACCAUUGAUAAUCAAAAGACUGAUUUAUCGUUAUCAAGUGCAAUACUUAUUACAAAUAACAAUAUUAGUAAUAACACAAUAAACACAAAUAACAACAAUAAUAACAAUGUUGUUGAAACUGAUGUUACACAAAGUAGCAGUACAACUGAUACUAAUACAACAAUAACAAGUGACAGUACUUGUAAUAGCUUUAGCAGUGAAGAAAGUACCAGCAGUAUUUUAGCAACAAUACCUAGCACCACCGUCACAUCAACAACAUCGGAAUCAUGUGAAAGUCCAGCUAAACAAGAAGAAGUUCAAGUUGAAGAACUAGUUAAAGAUAUUGUCGAUGAAGUUAUUACAGAUUGUUUGGAAGAAAGCGGACAGAAAUCAGAAGAAACUAGUACUGGUGAGAAGAAUAAUAAUGAAAUUAAGGAAGAAAAGACUGCUGAUGAAGUUGAAGAUCAGGCUCGAGAAGUUAUUGAUGAAGUCCUACAUUCAGCUGCUGAGACAGCUAAUUCGACAAGUAGUAGUACCGAAAAGGAGAGUGAAACUGUAACUCCUGCUGAACCCAUAGAAAUUCAAGUAGAAGAAAAGACAGAACCUGAAAUCACAUCGUUGCCAAAAAUUGAAGAUGAAUCGUCGUCUACAAAAAUAGCUGACAAAACACCAACACCACCAGAAAGUCCAACAAAAAUCCUUGAAGCAGAAGACAAACCACAAGCGAUUGAGCAUGCAACAGUGGCGCUACCGCCACCAUCAGUUACCACAGUCUCUACUUCCACCCAAUCGUCACCAUUAAAACAAAUCCCUGAUCCAGUAGCAACAGCAGAAGAAGUAGUUGUUGUUGUUGUUAAAGAAAACAACAACAACGAUGAUGUUGAGGUUGAUUUAGAGGAAGAAGAAGAAGGAAGCACAGUUGACGAAGAACAUGAGGAAGCGGUAGUGGAAAUUUUGGAAGAACCAUCAUCGCCAGUAGUAGUAGAUAGUGCAAAACAACCAUUAAACAAUGUGGUCGUUAGUUCUGUUUUAGAGGUGGAUUCUCAAACGCAAACAUCACCAUCGGCACAAAAUACUCGCACUAGUGCUGAUGGCGGUAUAAAUAAUGAUGAACAACAACAACAACAGCAGCUGCAUCAGCAACAGCAACAGCAAGAAGAAGGACGAGAACAACCACAAGGACAGCCACAGAGGCGGUCACAACACAGCACGAGUACACAAGUGGAGAACAAUCAUUUCGACAAUAAAAGGACCAAAUCCGGUUCGACACGUCCCAUGUUCAGUCCGGGACCAACACGUCCACCAUUUCGAAUACCUGAAUUCAAAUGGUCGUACAUUCAUCAACGACUGCUGUCAGAUGUGCUUUUCUCAUUGGAAACAGACAUCCAAGUAUGGCGUAGCCAUUCGACUAAGAGUGUCCUGGACUUUGUUAAUUCUAGUGAAAAUGCAAUUUUCGUCGUUAACACUGUCCAUCUAAUCUCUCAAUUAGCUGAUAAUCUUAUAAUCGCUUGUGGUGGACUUUUACCAUUGUUGGCAAGUGCAACAUCACCAAAUUCGGAAUUAGAUGUCCUCGAGCCAACACAAGGUAUGCCACUAGAGGUGGCUGUGUCCUUUCUACAACGUUUAGUCAGCAUGGCUGACGUGUUAAUAUUUGCCACAUCAUUGAAUUUCGGUGAAUUGGAGGCAGAGAAGAAUAUGUCAAGUGGUGGUAUCCUGAGGCAAUGCCUGCGUCUGGUUUGUACAUGUGCUGUGCGCAAUUGUCUCGAAUGCAAGGAACGUACAAGAUACAAUGCUGGUGGAAUAGCUAGAGAUGUACCUGGUGCUGCACACUUACAAGCACUUAUUCGAGGAGCACAAGCAUCACCAAAAAAUAUUGUUGAGUCGAUAACAGGUCAAUUAUCACCAGUCAAAGAUCCAGAGAAGCUGUUACAAGACAUGGAUGUCAAUCGCUUGAGAGCUGUUAUAUAUAGAGAUGUGCUUAUGAAAAAAAAGCUAGGGCCCACUAGUCCAUAUUUGUCAGUGGAAGAAACAAAACAAGCUCAAUUCCUGUCACUAGCUAUUGUCUAUUUCAUUUCCGUUCUAAUGGUAUCCAAAUACAGAGACAUUCUAGAACCACCAGCUGAGCCACAAAUAACACGUCAAUCACCAAUAAUGCAACGAGGCAAUGCUGCCGAACCAACAUCAAGACCAUUAUUUCCCCAAUGGUCACACCAUGUUUACCCACAAUUUUUGCCCGGCUCAAAUCAACAACAAUCCGGUCAGCAACAUCUACAACAGCAACAACAACAACAACAACAACCUCCCUCCAUUAAUAGCAACAAUCCCCCAAAUCAAUUGCAACAUCAGCAACAUAACCAUCAACAUUAUUAUCAGCAACAGCAACAAGUUGCGCCCGGAUGUCCAGUUGGUGUUGGUGCACCAUCUGUUGCUGGCCAUCAUACACACCAGCAUUACCAUCCGGCGGCAUAUGGUGUAGGGCAAAUAGAUCCAUCAUCACCGCCAUCUGGCGGUGGGGGAUCAUCAUCGCUCUCAUCAUCAUCACAGCCUGCUUCAUCAUCUUCCUUGUCUAGUGUUGCAUCUCAGCCACAACACCAACAACAUCAACAUCAUACGCAUCAUCAUAGCAUGAAACAGCAACAACAACAACAACCGCCAUCAUCACAACAACAUUUCAUGAUGAACGGUUCAUCAACAAAAAUGGCGCCGAUAAAUAACAGUAAUAAUAGCGGCCAUCACAUUUUGCACAACAAUCACAGUAGCACCAAUAAAUAUUCAAAUGAUAUUCAAAAUACAAAUAAUUAUUAUCUUCGUGGUGGUGGCGGAGGAGGUGGAGGAAUGGUUAACGGUGAUAGUCAUCACCUACACAAUGGCGGUGGUCAGCUUCCGGUGCCACCAUCCGUCGGCAUAGUUAAUUCAAUGCGUAAUCGCAAUGGAAUGGGCCCACCUGGCAUCACUGGUGGUGGCGGACAGAUAAACUACAAGACAACCAACGGCAUAAACAAUAAUUACCGUUAUCGCAAUAACACAGGCUCUCGAACCAUUCAGGAUGGCGACUAUGAAAUCAUUGUUGUUGAUGAGAAUAAUCCUUCAGUGUUGGCGGAUAACGAUUCACAUUCAAGUGGACCUCCUUCAAUUAAGAGUAAUGUGGGUGUAACGGCAGCGACGUCCAGUGGCAAGCCACUACAACAACAGCCAUUAUCACCACCUAAACCUGUUAUGCCAAAAAAACUACCAAAGAGUGUCGAUUCCGAUGCAGCCUCACUAAACAUGAACUCAACCGAAAAUGAAGUUCAAGAAGUUGAAUCUUCUAGCGAAAUAAUGGUCGAUGACAAUAAACCCAGCAAUUCAAAUGACGAAAGUUGGACAGAUGUCAAUUUAAAUGAAGAUGGCAAUGAGAAAAUGCGUGACAUGGAAGGUCAUAUAAACCAUCUAGUCCCAAGUGGUGAACGCGGAGAUAAACCAGAUUCAGAAAUUUCGGUUGUACGCGUUCCACAAGAUAGUUUUGGUGGAGGCGGUCAAUCAUCGUCACAAGGACAAAGAUCUAGACCCGAAGAAUUGCCAAUUAAGCCACCACUAGUUGGUCAACUACCAAUGACUACACCAUCCCGCGAAGCUAGUCUAACACAAAAGCUUGAAAUCGCCCUUGGCCCAGUGUGUCCAUUGUUGCGAGAAAUCAUGGUCGAUUUUGCACCAUUCCUAUCGAAAACCCUAGUCGGUUCACAUGGACAGGAAUUACUGAUGGAGGGAAAAGGCUUGACAACGUUCAAAAAUAGCCAGUCAGUUGUGGAACUUGUAAUGUUGUUGUGCUCCCAAGAAUGGCAGAACAGCCUUCAGAAACACGCUGGCUUAGCUUUUAUUGAGCUGAUCAAUGAGGGUCGUCUACUCUCCCACGCCAUGAAAGAUCACAUUGUCCGAGUUGCCAAUGAGGCUGAAUUCAUCCUGAACCGAAUGCGUGCCGAUGAUGUCCUUAAACACGCUGACUUUGAGUCUCAAUGUGCUCAGACUCUGUUAGAACGACGGGAAGAAGAACGCAUGUGUGAUCAUCUAAUAACUGCUGCUCGCAGAAGAGACAAUGUGAUUGCUAGCAGACUAUUGGAAAAAGUCCGUAAUAUCAUGUGCAAUCGACAUGGAGCCUGGGGUGAGUCCAGUGGGAGUGUUGUCAAACCAGCCUACUGGAAACUCGACGCCUGGGAAGACGACGCACGUCGACGCAAACGAAUGGUUCAAAACCCACGAGGCUCUAGCCAUCCGCAGGCUACCCUCAAAGCGGCUCUAGAAAAUGGCGGCCCAGAAGAUGCAAUCAUGCAAACUCGUGAUGAAUUCCACACACAAAUUGCCGUCACUCGAUCGCAUCAAUCAUCCCAACACUCUACAGAUUUGCUAGAUGACGCCGAGCUGCUGAUCGAGGAUCGCGAACUUGAUUUAGAUCUGACCGGGCCGGUCAACAUUAGCACCAAAGCCAAGUUGAUCGCUCCAGGGCUAGUUGCACCGGGCACUGUAUCUAUCACUAGCACCGAAAUGUUCUUCGAAGUUGAUGAAGAUCAUCCAGAAUUCCAAAAAAUCGAACAAGAAGUUUUAAAAUAUUGUGAUCAUUUGCAUGGCAAAUGGUAUUUCUCUGAAGUUCGUGCAAUAUUCUCGCGAAGAUAUUUGCUGCAGAAUGUUGCAUUGGAAAUAUUCCUAGCAAGUCGGACGUCGAUCUUGUUCGCUUUCCCCGACCAGCACACGGUUAAGAAAGUCAUCAAAGCUUUACCCAGAGUUGGGGUGGGUAUUAAAUAUGGUAUACCGCAGACAAGGAGGGCAUCGAUGAUGUCACCGCGUCAGCUAAUGCGGAAUUCGAAUAUGACACAGAAAUGGCAGCGUAGGGAGAUAUCUAACUUUGAAUACCUGAUGUUCCUCAAUACGAUUGCUGGGCGGACUUAUAACGACCUCAAUCAGUAUCCGAUAUUCCCAUGGGUUCUAACCAAUUACGACUCGAAGGAUUUGGACCUUAGCCAACCGUCGAAUUAUAGAGAUCUAUCAAAGCCUAUUGGAGCAUUGAAUCCCAGUCGGCGAGCUUAUUUCGAGGAACGAUAUGAGAGUUGGGAGAAUGAUACAAUUCCGCCAUUCCACUAUGGCACCCACUAUUCUACGUCCAGCUUCACUUUAAAUUGGUUGGUGCGUGUGGAGCCUUUCACCACGAUGUUCUUAGCCUUACAGGGCGGUAAAUUUGACUAUCCCGAUCGGUUGUUCUCUUCGGUCUCGCUGUCGUGGAAGAAUGCUCAACGUGAUACUUCCGAUGUGAAGGAACUAAUUCCGGAAUGGUAUUUCCUGCCGGAAAUGUUCUAUAACUCAUCGGGUUAUCGGCUAGGUCACCGGGAAGAUGGAGCUUUAGUUUCUGACGUCGAAUUGCCACCAUGGUCAAAGACCCCUGAGGAGUUUGUGCGUAUCAAUCGGAUGGCAUUGGAGUCUGAGUUCGUUUCGUGCCAACUUCAUCAAUGGAUCGACUUGAUCUUUGGGUAUAAACAACGAGGGCCUGAAGCUGUACGUGCCACCAAUGUCUUCUACUAUCUCACCUAUGAAGGAAGUGUAGAAUUGGACGCGAUCGCUGAUCCUGUUAUGCGAGAAGCUGUCGAGAAUCAAAUUCGUAAUUUCGGUCAGACCCCUUCGCAGCUCUUGAUGGAACCUCAUCCGCCACGAAGUUCGGCAAUGCAUUUGUCACCGAUGAUGUUUAGUGCGAUGCCCGAUGAUGUUUGCAUGUCAAUGAAAUUCCAUCUCAAUUCGCCGAUUAUACAUAUAUCAGCGAAUACUUAUCCGCAGUUGUCGCUGCCAUCGGUGGUAACGGUAACAGCUGGUCAUCAGUUUGCCGUUAAUCGAUGGAAUUGCAAUUAUACGGCAUCCGUCCAGAGUCCGAGUUAUGCGGAAUCAACGCAAUCAGCUGGCUCAAAUUUACCACUCACAAUGGAUCCUGUUUUAUCUACACAAAAUACUGGACACAAUAAUCCAAUGAUUCGUCGUCAUUUGGGUGAUAAUUUCAGUCAAAUGUUGAAAAUCCGUUCGAAUUGUUUUGUCACCACUGUGGAUAGUCGAUUUUUGAUUGCAUGCGGAUUUUGGGAUAACAGUUUUAGGGUUUUCUCUACGGAAGCAGCAAAAAUCGUUCAAAUUGUCUUUGGACACUUUGGUGUUGUCACCUGCCUUUCACGUUCCGAAUGUAAUAUAACCUCCGAUUGUUAUAUUGCAUCGGGAUCAUCGGAUUGUACGGUUCUGUUGUGGCAUUGGAAUGCUAGAACUCAGAGCAUCGUUGGGGAGGGAGAUGUUCCGACGCCAAGAGCUACCUUGACGGGACAUGAACAAGCUGUUACUUCGGUUGUGAUUAGUGCUGAAUUGGGACUUGUAGUUUCUGGAUCUACAAAUGGUCCAGUUCUAAUUCACACUACAUUUGGUGAUCUAUUGCGAUCACUUGAUCCUCCUUCGGACUUUUAUUCACCAGAAUUGAUUGCAAUGUCGAGGGAAGGUUUCAUUGUGAUCAAUUAUGAUAAGGGUAACGUAGCUGCGUUCACAAUCAAUGGAAAAAUGCUUAGGCAUGAGUCGCAUAAUGAUAAUUUACAGUGCAUGCUUUUAUCACGGGACGGUGAGUAUCUGAUGACAGCUGGAGAUCGUGGUAUCGUCGAAGUGUGGAGAACAUUCAAUUUGGCACCACUGUAUGCAUUCCCAGCAUGUAAUGCUGGAAUUCGAUCAUUGGCACUGACGCAUGAUCAAAAAUAUCUCCUAGCGGGUCUAUCAACAGGAUCAAUUAUUGUAUUCCACAUUGAUUUUAAUCGAUGGCAUCAUGAAUAUCAACAGCGUUACUAAUGUAUGUAUGGUAUAUUCCAUAGACAUCCCAGAUAUCGUUAUAACUGAAAAUAGAAAACAAAACAAAAACAAAAACAAUAAAUAAAUAAACUUAUCAAGAAAUAUAUAGACAAUUCGGAAAACUCGACGUAAAAAUAAACUUUUACACUAAAGACGAAAUUAAUAAAAAUAAAAAAAAUAAAUAACAAAAAUAACUUCAACAUUAUGAUACACAUCUCCAUAAUGAAGCCAAAAAAAAAAACUUAACUCUUAUCACCGAAGUACUUAAUUAUAUUUGCAAAUUCUCUAGAAUUGUUUUUUUUUUUUUAAAUUACAUCUCGUUCUUGUAGAAUAAAAUAGGUAGAAAUACUACCUAUACAAAUUAUUUAAUUUAAUAUUUUUUAAUAAAAAAAAAAACUAAUUUUUCAUUCCCUACAAAAAUAAACAGUGGCCAAAAUACUUAAAUUAAAAAACAAAAAUUUAAAUAAGAAACGGAGAUUGUGAUUAAAAAAAAAAAGUACGUAACUUAGAAACAAAACAAAAAAAAAAAAUAAAGAAUUAAGUAUUAAAAUUUAAAAUUAAAGAAAAAAAAAAUUGAAAACCUAAUUAGUAAAGAAAAAAAGUUCGUUUGACACAUAGACGCUUGGUUAAAAAAAAAAAAAAUAAAUAAAUAAAGAAAA